AUGACACGCACCCCCUCCCCCAAUGGCAACAAGCGCCAGCGCAAGACCCCUCGUACUGUUCGCCGUGGUUUCUGUGCCAACUGUGGUUGCGAUGAGACGCAAACCCAACUCUGGCGCUCGAACCCGGACGACCCCGAGAACCCCAACAACAUGCUUUGCAAUGCCUGUGGUCUUUGGGUCAAGGAGAAGGGCUACCAGCGCCCUGAGCAACACUGGAAGCACAAGACCCAGUGUCGCGACCCGAAGGGCCCGGUUCGUCACCGCACGCCGUCUGACGACGAGGACGACGCGCCCCCCGGUGCCGACGGAGCUGCCUCGUCCACGGGCGGCAAGAAGCAAGGCGGCGCGAGCAAGGCGGUCCACACUCAGAGCAAGGCCACAAACUCGGCGUCGGCGUCGGCGCCGGCCGGCACUGUGACCGCCGCGGCUGGUAAGACCCGCAAGGCUCCGGCCCGCGCCCGUGCCACCAAGUCUAUGCCCAAGGCCAAGGCCAAGGCCACCGCCCCCACCCCGGCCACCGCCCCCGCCCCGGCCCCGGCGCCAACUGCGCGCCUCCCCACCCCCGAGCCGGAGGUGGAGAAGCUCGACGCCCCCGCGGUCGAGGACGAUGGCGCCGCCGUCCUCGCUGCCGCGACCACCCUUCUGGCUUUUGACCGGCGCAAUGCGCCGGUCCUUACCUCGUCGCCAUCCAAGAAGCGCUCGUACGUCGAGGACGACAAUGAGCACGGCCAGCAUCAGUACCGCCCGGAGGCCGAGGCCCGUCCGGCGGUCGAGAUCCGUGAGGUUGACUUUUCGGCCUCCAAGCGCAGCUACAACCCGGCGUGGAUGGGUGACCUCCGCCGUCGCACUUCGGGAUCUUACGCUGCGGGCCCGAGGGCGCGUGUCUCGUGUCCCAACAUUGCCCGCAACGAGCCCCACACCCCCCAGCAUUCGACGUACAACACGCAGCACUACACCCACCGCGCCCCCCAGUAUGCCACGCCGUACACCUCUCCCCAGGCGCCCGACAACGGUGUGUCGUCGUACCCGACGCCUCAGUCAGUCAUGGAGACGCCAGACCUCCGUGCGCGUACCCUCGAGGAGACGCCCGUGAUGAACGCCGCCGACUGGUUCUUCGGCGGUGGCGGUGCUCCCCACAUCCGGUCGUCGCCCCCGCCGAUGGCGCUGCCGGAGUCGGAGUACAGCCGCAACCGCUAUGCCCCUCAGACGUACGCCCCGGAGUACCCUCGCCAUCACGCGCUCGCGCCGUAUCACCAGUCGGCGUACAAUGGUGCGCGCGUUCCCAACUACUCUGACUACGAGCUCGUGUAG